GUGCUCCGGGCUGCGCGCGCGCAGCCUGACGCACCUCCCUGUUGCUGCUGGGUAUGAGCGCACGGUGAAGCGCUCGGCUGUCCGUGUGCUAUCGGCGCUGAGUGGUCCAGUGUGCCUCGGGUCCGGCGUUGUCAGCUGUAAUGAGGCAGUGCAACGUGUCGCACCGGACGGACCCCCUGACGCAUCGCACUUUCUCCUCUUCGUCGCUGAAGAAGAUGGUGGCUGGCGGCUAGUUCCAACUUCGGACUCCUUGGGGGUUUUUUGUGCGUGUUUUUUUUUUUGUUGUUGUUUGUUUUGUUUUGUUUUUUUUCAUCCUUGGCGAAGCGCACUGAAAUCAGUUGUUGAGCCGCUGCCAUUGAUCCAGGACAAAGAGCAGCUUUGUCAUGCAAGGCAGAGAAGGCUGCCCGGGACGUCUACACCGAGAUCCAGCUGAAAGGCCAAGGGGUGUUCUGUCAUGACGGAAGUAGAGCCAGUGUUGGACUUUGCGUCCUCGGGGCGCUCGGGGAGAAGAAAUGCCCUGCCUGACAUCCUGGGCUCUCCGGCGGGUGUAAACCCUGGUGACCUGCCUCUUAAGCUGGCUGAGCUGUCCCUCAAAGAUGGUCCGGGAGGGGCCCAGUCACCCACGGCGGAGGAGCCUCCAGCGCUGCCGGAGAGCUCAGAGGGGAAAGAGGGAUCGUAGGGACUUGUUUAUUUACCUCCCCGGAGACCUGCGAAGAUAACCUGAGAGACGGGAUGAGGAGCGAGAUAGAGGACGACCUGUGGGAGAAAGAGUGAUUAUCUGUGGAGAGUCAGCCUGUUUGCGAAGCAGCUGAGCCACGGAGGGAGAGUGAUGGACCGACUCCCGCAGGACUGGAGCCAGGGGCUUAGGACUGUUUGGCACCGAGACGUCACUUAGUUAUGAACCGAUGAGAGUGUGUGUGCGGGUUAAACACUCACUUCAGACACUACACUGAGAAUCAAAGGGACCAUGACAGAUUGUAUACUGUACACUAUUUUUUUAUGAUUUAUUUAAGAAAAAAUAGGAACUCAAAGUCAGACUGUACCAUUAUCUGGCAUUUCCUGCUGAUUUUUGUAUGCUAGUGGUUGUGUUAUUUAAAUUUACAAUAGUAGGAGGGAGUUUGGUAGCAGCAUUUAGUGGCUUGAAGCUUUUUUUUAACCCAACUGGAUGCAAAACGGCUCAUGUGACAUAAGAAAUCAGUAGAUUUAAGAAAAAACGGGAAGUCUUUGUGUUGUCUCGCUCACUUCUGCUUUUACACUAAAUGUGUACGAUCUACUGUAUGUUUUCAAAUCUGAGGCUGUUGUACAGUGUAUCCACAUUGCAAAAUGUACAGUUUUUACCCCACGUCACCAGACUGUUUUGAUCUUAGCAACAACAACCAGGGAUUUGAUCCAUUUUGUUUUUUAGGCGUCCAUACGGUGCGAGGCGAUAAGUGGAAGUCUGUAUCUUUCAGAGACAUUCCUUUAGAGAAUAGUGUCCCACUGCCAGCGGUGUUCACACCGCUCCAUGAUAAUACUUAGAAAAGUCAGAGAUUUCCUUUUGUUUUUUCGCUCAAGGCUGCUUUUAAAAGUAAUUUUUCCAAACCUCUGAAAAUGUGCCUAGUGGCAGUUCACAACCCAAAAUCUGUGUUGUGUUCUUUCUCUGUGAAGUACUGUUAUUGAUUAUUUUGGGGCUAAUGAUAUUUCCUCAGUUUUAAUAGGAGGCAUCAUGACACCUCUUUACUGCUUGAACUGUAAAUGAAAAGAAAAAAGACAAAACAAACACUUUUGUAACAUUCUGCACGAAUGCGUCUGCAGAUCCAACACUCUGUCAGGAAAGGCGGUCAGUUUUGCGUCAACUUCAGCAGGGCUUUUUUUUUUCUGCGGCGAGGCUCCUCGCACGUGCUCCUUCCAGCGACGGCAGCAUAUGCCCGCGGACUUGCCGCGGGAGCAAGCAGCAAGCAACACCACCGCCAAAAUGUGUUUGGGGUGCCGAAAAUGGCAGCACGGAGAAAAGUCUGUUCACACUCAUCAACACAUGAGCAGAGCUGUGAAUAGGAUGCAAGAUGGGGAGAGAGAGAAGCACAGCAAGAGUCCAUGUUUGUCAGCGAUCCACUCACUGCUACUGUAUAUACUGUAUUGUAGUAUAACCCUGUGUCAUACAUGCUGCUUGUAUGAUUAUCAUUGUACCCAGAGAAGAAAUUAUGUUCUGUAAUUGUCUCUAUUUGAAGAUGUUUUGCCGGUGGCUGUGUCUUUAUGUGGAUGUGUUUCACAAAUGCAACAGGAAAGCCUGAUGUGCUGCUGCCCAGCCUCUGUUUUUGAUGCUGUUCUACUUACUAAUGCUGAUGAGAGGUGUUCACGGUUUAUCUGAAGCUGUAUGAUCAACACUUUUUGGGGGCUUGAUGAAUCAGAGGUGUAUUUUGUAGUGUCCUGAUCUCUUAAGUGGUGCAUAUAUUUUACUUAGCUGGACUGAAUCCCACGUGUUGAUUCUAUCUGGUGGUGAAAAUCGCCAUUAAACCCACAAGCUUUA